CAACAACACCUGGCUUACCCCGCUGGUUCCCUAAAUAUAGGAUACAUUUUGGAAGAAUAAAGGUUGACUUUAGCAGCAGUCAAGAACACGAGGCUGGCGUCCCAUCUGUUCCCGCUGCCAUAGCGUGCGACUAAUGUCGCGGAGCCGCGCCUCCUUCCGACGAACAGCUCAAUGAUCAACAAUGUCGGGUGCCGCCACGGCGGGUUUGAUGGGACAUCCAUCCCAAGCCUUAGCCGACGCUUGCGACGACCCGCAGCCCCAGGCACACCUCGCUCUCCCUCGGAACGAAAUUCCCCCAGAUGCACUACCACCUACCACAACCAGUAAGAGCCCGUUUUGUCGGUACCCAUUCCGUUGUAGUGAGAUUGGGAGGGGAGUGGAAGUGCCGUGACUCGGUCGCUCAUCUCGAAUAUCUCUCAUGCGACACUUUUGAUGGGGAUACGGAAUGGUGAGAGACCGGGGAAAAAGACCCUGGAAGCGAGGAAAUACCCUUAACUACGGCAAAGAUGUAGGGGCACGCGCCCGAGCGACGGGACGGCUACGGUUGCCCGUCGAAGCCAAAAGCGUUGUUGUUGUAUGUUUCAAUAUUUCCAGUCGACGCAAUAAGCCUUCUCGCCGUGUCUCUCCUGUACUGCGUCCAUCCUAUAGGACCACCUCGGCAAGAUGAAGGUUCUUUGCUUGCAUGGGCGGGGCUCCAACACAGAGAUCUUUCGUAUGCAGACAGCCGCCAUACGCAGCUUUCUAGAGCCAGAGUACGAAUUCGAGUUUGUUGAAGGGCGCUGGCCGCAUCUCGAAGGCAACUGGUCCGUCCACACAACGGACUUUUCCAAAUCCAAGCUCUACGGCUACUACAAUGGCCUGAACCUCGAUGAUAUCCUGGCCACCGAAAAUGAGCUCUGGCAGAUUAUAGAGGACCACGGGCCGUUUGACGGCAUCCUUGGCUACUCACAAGGGGCCACACUUGCGGCACAGCUCGUGAUCCGGUACAUGAUAGAGAACCCGUUUGCGACGAUUCAGGAACUGCCGCUCAAGUUUGCAAUCUUCAUCAACGGCGCCACGCCGCCAUGCGUGUUGCCGCUUGCCGGCGAGGAGCUUUUUGACUGUCCGCUCGACGAGUUUGCUGAGGCCGCCCACCUUUUCAAAGUCUUCAAGCCGAACGAGACCGACAACCUCACCAAUCUGCGGCCCGCCAAACUGGCCAACGGCCGCAAGGUGGUGACAGACGGCGUAAACUACAUGACGCGCUACGACCCGGCGUGGGACGGCAAGGUAAUAUCCAUACCGACGGUGCACAUCCGCGGCAGAGGGGACCAUAGUGACUACGGAGAGGGUCUGCUGGACCUGUGCGAGCCGGACCUGGCCGAGGAUCGCCUGCACAUCUACGGCCAUGACUUUCCGCGGGGGAGGGACAUGAGCAUGAUCAUCGCCCGACUGAUACGCAAAACGGCCGAUAAAGCAUUUUGAGCAUCAUUUUUGUGACCUAGGAACGAACCACGUAAUACGAACAAAAGCUUCCGUGUCACUGCUGCACCAAGACCAUGUUAAGGUGGGCAUGGGAGCUGCCGGAGCCAAGGGCCCGUGGCUCCGCAGGGGGUUCCCGUGGAGUGGAUACGAUACCUUACAUCUGUUCUGCACGCUCUGGGCGGCAAAG